AAAGAACUGAAAAUUAUUAUCUGGUUCCUAAACAUUAUGAAUUUACUCAGAUUUUGAUUUUCAAACAUUAGACCUAAGAUCGAUGAUACAUUUACAUGGUAUGUUUAUUUCUAAAGUGUACCAUCUCAAUGUUAGUCUAUAUACUUGAUUGAUAAAUGACGAUCAAUAGCGGCUUGAAUUCACAAUUUUAUACCUGUAAUCAAUUGAUAACAUUAGACAUUGUAGAUAAUAAAUCCUCAGUUUUCCGUCAAAAGUUAUAUUAAUUACAUCGAUACAUAAAUAACACUAGUUGUGUCAAUUUUCCAAAAGUUGAUUGAUGAGGUCAAAUGGAUCACAUCAAAAUUUGUGAUAUUUUGUUCGUAUUACUUGCUUUUAAACUAGUUUUUAUAAAGGCUUCAUGGAGUACUCCUCCAUUCGAAGAACCAGAAAAUCAUGUUGAAGCUGAUGUGAAAAUGCGUUAUUAUUCAAACACCAAACUCACUAUCAUUGAAUUCAACGAAGAAGUGAAUCAUUCUUUUUGCAUUGCAAAAAUAAUUAAUUUCGCAGAUAGUGAUAGCCCUCAAAUCGGCAGAUUCGAUUACGGCAAUAAUGAGUUACUUGGGGCAAGUAUCGAGAAUGAAAAUGGAGUUUGGAAAAUUUAUGUUACAAAUAAACAGGAUUAUGAGUAUCCCCUAAUGCAAAAAUAUGCAUUCAUUGUUACCAGUGGCAGUUCAAGUUACAAUAUUGACAUUCAUGUUAGGAAUAUUGAUGACAAUGCACCUAUUAUUCGAUCAGAUCAACAAAGUUGUGAAAUACAAGAAAACUACCAAGAUACGAUAAACUGUUCUUAUACUAUUAGCGAUGAGGAUGGAUCAAUCAAUAAUAUCACAUUGACGUUUAUUUCAACUCCUAUCGAAGGUAAACAUACGUUUGAUUUUUUAUUUGAUAUUAUCUCAGACAACAAGGUCAGAGCUUCAUUAAUAUUGCAAAAAUCGUUGGAUUUUGAAACGACUGCAAUGUAUAUGCUAACACUUAAUGCUUCGGAUGAAGGCAAUAAUCAAGGAUCGUUAACUAGCGUCAUUCAUGUAAUUGACAUGCCUGACGAAUUACCGAAGUGGAUGCGUUUAACUACUUCAGAAACAAUUAAAGAAAAAACGAGUCAUACUUUUGAAAUUUUAGCAAAAGAUGGUGACGUACAAAUAAAUGCUGAAAUAAAUUACAGAAUAAAAACGGAAACAGAAGAAGAAAUUGAUUUAAUCAAAAUCGGUAAAGAAUCUGGGAAAGUUGUAAUUAAUCCAAUCGAUCGUGAUAAAUUGCACAAAGAAGUUUUCAGGUUUCAAGUGUUUGCAUAUGAAACGGAAAAUAUUCAGUCUGAAAUCAAUGCAUCUAUAAUUAUCAUCGUUGAAGACAUUAAUGAUAAUAUACCAACAAUAUUUCCAGAGAAAAAUUUGUCUAUAACGAUCAGAGAAGAAUCAUACAUCACUUUAAAUUUUAGCCCACCCAUAUCAGUUUCAGAUCCUGAUUUAGCGGAUCACGCUCAGUAUUCAGUACAUUUGAAAGAUAAUUCUAAAUAUCAUUGGAGCUCAGCAUUCCGUAUUAUUCCAAAUACUGGCUAUCAAACUACCAAUUUUACAAUUUCAGUUGUAAAUGCAUCAUUAUUGGACUAUGAAGACGAACACUGGAGAAAUAUGCAAAUUCAAGUAGAAGCAGUAGAAACUCAUAAUUUGAGUCACAUCGGGCAACGAAUAAUUAAUAUUAACUUAGAGAAUUGGAACGAUGAAAGACCAACUUUUGAUCAUGAAACUCUUGAGGUAACCGUUCCAGAAGAUGUUGGAAUAAAUGUAAAUAUUGCAACUAUGUUGGCUAUUGAUCGAGAUAUCAAUGAUAUUGUAAAACACUCACUAACAGCUCAAAAAGACUUUAUAAUUGACGAAAAAAAAGGCCACAUAAAGACGAAGGUAGAAAAUUCAUUGGACUACGAAUCGAUACCUAUGUUUCUAGUUCAAGUGGUUGCUACUGAUCUAGUAAAUCACACCGCUUAUGGAACCUUGAUUAUAAAUGUAAAGGAUGUUAAUGAUGUACCACCAAAAUUAUAUCUGCCAACUUUAAUGCCUUCAUUAGAAGAAGAAGCAUCACUAAAUACUACUGUUGAGAAUAUCAUUAUUGCUAAUGAUCCUGAUACUGAUGCGAAACUCCAUUUUAAUAUCGAUUGGAACACAACGAAAGCUUUUAAAAACAGUGUUGUUGUUGAUCAAAGCUUUUAUUACAAGUGUUUAACAAUUCAAACAAAUUACGUUGAUAACAGCUCUGGCAAUGCUGAAGGAGUUUUCGUAGUUUCCGGAAGAAUAGAUUAUGAAUUAUUUGAUGUAAUGAUCAUCAAUGUUUCUGUCACAGACUUAAUGACGAAACAUAAUAAGAAUACUACAUAUGCAUCACUCACCCUCAAUAUUAUCGAUAUAAAUGAUAAUUUUCCUCACUUCAAUGAGAUCAAGAGUAUGGCCGUCAAUGAAAACGAAAUAUCUGGUACUGUCGUUGGUUCUGUAACUGCUAUCGACGAAGAUGGACUGUGUUGCAACCAGAUGUCAUAUUUCAUGAAACCUUUGAAUUAUACUGGAAAUGAUCUACUUCAAAUAAAUGAAAAUACAGGAGAAAUUCAAGUGAUAAAAGGUGAAGAAAUUGAUGCUGAAAAAUACGAAUUCCUUUAUUAUAAUAUAACAGCAACUGAUGGUCAACUUGAAAACACAACGGAAGUCCGCAUAUAUGUAAAUGAUAUGAAUGAUAAUGAACCUCAGCUACUAAACGAUAAAUUUAAUUCAACGAUUCAUAUUUGGGAAAAAUCUCCUCAUGGCACUGGCAUAGUCACUAUCUAUGCUAAAGAUUUGGAUAGAUCAUGUAAGUACAGUAAAUAUCAAUUUGAACGUGUUCUAUUACAUAUUUUCUACACGGAGAAAAAUCAGUCAGUACAUCUGACCGCAGAAAAUUAGCUAUUGUUUUUAAGUUAUUUUUACUUUAUUCAUCAUCUUAUGAAACUUCCGAUGUCAGUAAAAAUGA